AUGCUAAAGAGCAUACAGUUUUAUCAUGAAAUCGAAAAAUUUUUUACUGAUUUUGAACGAGUAUGCUUCAAUAUUCCAGCCGAAACAGAUAGCUCACAGGAUUCGUCUACGAUUCUAUUCUUCUAUCUAGAUUUGCGAAACGAGGGAAUAGUUCAGCAUUUCCUAGACCAGUUUACGUUUGAAAUAUGUUCCAGAAUUCUCCCAUUAAAGCAGCAGGUACAUAUAAGAAAUAUUAGAGAUGAAAGAUUACGCAUCAUCAAGCUAAUUAAUGGGAUAUUUGUCAGAUAUCUAGUAGCAUGCUUUGAAAAAAACUUUGGUUCAUUGUCUGAUAUUAAAAUAGCGCAUGGCAAAUUCGGAAAGCCGGUCUUUUCGAACCGUCCAGAUUACAGUUUCAACAGUUCCGAUGAAGAAUCGAUAUCUUCCGUUGCAGUAUGCUUUCAUGGAGUUAAUCCAAUAGGAUGUGAUUUGAGCAAUCCAUCUGAUAUUGGAGGAUUUCAUCUUUCGGAUCUUCGUGACUUCUAUAAAUAUGAAUUUAGAGAUAUAUUUACGGAAAUGGAGACAAUAGAACUUGAUAAGAUGUUUAAAAGCAAAUAUUAUGCCGAUAGAAACAAUCAACUUCAAAUGCUCAGUCAGUAUUGGGCAAUUAAAGAAAGUCUCAGUAAGAUGGACGGAUAUGGGCUUAAUUAUGGACUACGAAAAUAUGAAGUUCUUGGCAUAGGGCACCCCACUGAAUUCAUAAGAUCAAACAAAAAAUCGAUGAGUAAAAGUUUAUUCGAAUAUCUGGAAAUACGGAAUUGA